UCAGCUGACAUCUCAUUCAUGUGAAAAAUGCACUGUGUGUCUCUAUAGUAAAUGGAGUAAACAACAUCGUGGUUGGCAUAAUAGUGAAGACGAGAACGUAAUGAGGAGCAUCAGUGAAAAUAGUUAAUUAAAAACUGCGUCGACAGAUCGAGUAUUAAAUUAGUGGGCACCAUGGAAGAUGUCGAGGUAUUAUACGAAGCAACUGAAGAAGACGAAAUAGCAGCGAUAGACUUUGAGUUACGCCAAAUCCAGGGAGAGAUUGAGAAACUGAAGGAGCGAAAAUUAGCCCUGUCGCAGCGCAAACAGAAGCUGCAGGAUGACGCCCUCUUGAAGAAGAGCCUGACAGUCUCGAAGAAAGAUUGGGAAAGAGAUGAUUUCCCUUGGUCGAAGGACCUCCUCGACGCCCUGACCAAAGUCUUCAGAAUAAAGCGGUUUCGAGAGCUCCAGAAAGCCGCAAUAAACGCUAUUUUAUCCAAAGAGGACACGAUAUUGGUAAUGCCAACUGGUGGUGGCAAGAGUUUGUGCUAUCAGCUGCCAGCAGUGAUCGGCAAGGGGGUGACAAUCGUGAUAUCGCCCCUGUUGGCUCUCAUGGAGGAUCAGCUGCACGGGCUGGAGAAGAUAAACGUCAAGGCGGGGAUGAUGAACCCCAAGUCCGACAAGACCGUGACGAAGUCUAUCAUGGAUGCUCUGGAGGGGAAGGACGAUGGCCUGAAACUCGUUUACAUCACCCCAGAGUACAUGAAGAAAUCCAAGAGGUUCAUGGCGAAGCUGCAGAAAGCCUUCAACAUGAAACUACUUGAACUGUUUGCUAUUGAUGAGAUCCACUGCUGCAGCACAUGGGGACAUGACUUCAGACCGGAUUAUCAGUUCUUGGGCUGUCUCAAGGACAUGUUUCCAGGUGUUCCAAUCCUCGGUCUCACCGCGACGGCCCCAGCGAAGAUAAUAAAUGACGUCCAAAAGAUGCUCGACAUCCAAGGCUGCCUAGUCCUCCGUGCCUCGUUCAACCGUCCGAACCUCUUCUACGAGGUUCGCCGCAAGCCAGCGGACAAAGAGGUCUGCCUCUCGAUGCUAGCCAACCUCCUGAAGACCCGUUUCGCCGACAUGUCCGGCAUAAUCUACACAACAACGAUAAAAGACGCCGAGCAACUGACCUCGGACCUGCGUGACAAGGGCCUGAAGCUCGGUUGCUACCACGCAAUGCUCGAGCCAGAAGUGCGAUCGAAGAUCUACCAGAGAUGGAUAACGGGGGAGUACCAGGCAGUGGUCGCAACAAUUGCCUUUGGCCUGGGGAUAGACAAGCCCGACGUGAGAUUCGUUAUUCACCACUGCGUGUCCAAGUCAAUGGAGAAUUUUUAUCAGGAGAGCGGUCGUGCUGGGAGGGACGGGAAAAAGGCGGCUUGCAUCGUCCUCUAUCGUCUCGCUGACAUCUUCAGGCUCAGUACAAUGGUCAUCGGCGAUAAAGUGGGACUUCAGAACCUUUAUAAGGUCCUGGAGUACUGCCUCGAGCCUGGCACAUGUCGCAGGAGCCUCAUUGCCAAGCAUUUCGAGGAGAACUGGAGGCAGGAGGACUGCGCUGAGAUGUGCGACCACUGCAGAAGACCCAAGAAGAGCAAGGAGACUGACAUCGGCUCGCACUGUCGUCAGCUCUAUCAGAUAAUCGAGAAGGCCCUCAAGGGCGAGACUAAUCUGACGUUGAUCAAGCUGAUGGAUGCUUGGUUCAACAAGGGAGCUGUUGCCUACAGGGUCUCCUCGAUUCCAGUCCCCAAGUUCUCGAGGGAAGCUGGGGAGGCCAUCGUUGGGCAUCUUCUCGUCAAUGGGUACCUCAAAGAAGACUUUGUGUUCAAUGCCUAUGCCAAUCUCACGUACCUCAAUCGAGGACCCAAGUCCGGACUCGCUAUGGAUAAGAACCAUCGGAUUAUGUUUUGUCAUGAUCAGGCUUUGGAUCUCUGAUUUUUUUAGAG